UAAUAGUUGGUCUCCCCAUCUCUGACGGAUCCCCCAAAGAACACCGCUCCCCCGUCCCUAAGGCCCAAAAACAAAAGACUCCUUUCCCCUCUCUUCCUCUUCCCCUUCCUCUGCAUCUCUCUGCCCUUCCCUCUAUAAAAAUACGCACAACACGCACUUCCCUCUUCCCCAGUUUCCACUAUCAUAACCCAGCAAUCCAUUUCAGCUCCCCAAAACCAUAUUUUUUGUUCCCCUCUCUAUUUUGUUUUCUUGUGUUUUGGCUCUUAAAUUUGUAAGAUUUUUUGCGGUGAAGAAUGGCGACGGCGUUUGGAACAGCAACGGCCUCUGCUUCGGCUGCUGCGGCGGCUAAGAAUGCCCCCAAAUCCUCGCCUUUUUUGCCGCAGGGCCACCGCCAUUUCCACCAUUCUCACUCCAAGGUCGCCUUCCGCCUCACUCCCAAGCCUAAGCUCCGAUUCUGCUCAAAGAGCUUACAGUCCACUGGGAACCGCUCUGUUGUAGCAAAAGCCCAAUUGAAUGAGGUUGCUGUGGAUGGAUCCUCAAAUGCUACAGCCACUUCUCCUGCAAAAUCGGCAGAAGUCAAGGAUGUGAAGUCAUCAAAUGAGCCUGUGGCUUCAGAGGAAUCAGUGUCACAGUUUAUGACCCAAGUUUCAGACCUUGUGAAACUAGUUGAUUCCAGGGAUAUUGUGGAGCUACAAUUGAAACAAUUUGACUGCGAACUCUUAAUCCGCAAGAAAGAGGCUUUGCCUCCACCUCCAUCUACUGCACCCAUUAUGAUGGCACCAUCCCAUUUUGCACCACCUGUGGCACCCGCUGCCCCUGCCCCUGCCCCUGCAGCUGCACCAGCUCCUGCACCUAAAACUGCACCAGCAGCUUCACCUGCUGCUCAGUCACCUAAAUCUUCUCACCCUCCACUUAAAUGCCCCAUGGCGGGAAUAUUCUAUCGUAGUCCAGCACCUGGUGAACCAGCAUUUGUGAAGAUUGGAGACAAAGUGAAGAAGGGCCAAGUUCUUUGCAUUAUUGAGGCCAUGAAAUUGAUGAAUGAAAUAGAGGCUGAUCAAUCAGGCACCAUAGUUGAGAUCGUUGCAGAAGAUGGCAAGUCUGUUAGUGUUGGCACUGCUUUGUUUGUGAUUGAACCAUAGAGAUCGUCCAGGAGGGCUGUAAGAUGUUAAGCAGAGAUUAGGAGGGCUCUUACCAGAGCGAUGUUGCAAGAUGCGGGAUUGUUUUGUUGAUGCUGUUUUAGUUGGGAUGUGAGAUUAUAGUUAGAGAUGAGAGAGUUAAAUGAGCCUUUGAUAAAUUAUUUACUUGAUACAAUCCAGCCAAAGCUAUUUGUUUCAACAGCGGGAACUAAUAAAAACUAGUAUUAUUUUGACCUUUGUUAUGAAGCAAGAAACCUUUAUGAUAAUUUCAGAAACCUUUCAGACUCCA